UAUGGCUGAACCGCGUCUCGUCGAUAAGAAGACAACAUUCGCCGCAUUUUCCCAUAUCCUCGAUGCAAGACUUCUACGGGCCCUCGCAGAUAUGGGCUUUUCUCGUCCAACACUAGUACAAGCCAAAGCCAUUCCACUUGCACUCGAAAGCCGCGAUAUCCUUGCUCGCGCACGGACAGGAAGCGGGAAGACAGCAGCAUAUUGCAUGCCUCUGGUUCAAAAAAUAUUGAGUACAAAAAGUGUGGAUCUUGAAAACGAAAAUCGACAAGCCACAAGAGCUCUGAUCCUUGUGCCUACGAGAGAACUGUCGGAGCAGGUUUCUGGUCACCUGAAAGGCUUGCUGAAGUACUGCGAUAAGGACAUUAUCGUCUCAAACGUCGCAUCCGGCACGACCUCACACUUGCAAAGAAUUCUCCUCUCAGAUAGACCGGACGUCGUAAUUUCGACUCCUUCCCGUGCUCUUGCCCUUCUACAGUCCAAAGCUUUCUCACUGUCCCUGCUCGAAUCUCUUGUUAUUGACGAAGCCGACCUUAUCCUUUCAUAUGGCCACGACGGCGACGUCCGGCAGAUCUUUAACGGCUCAUAUCUCCCGAAAGUUUACCAGUCAUUCCUGAUGAGUGCAACUAUGACGGAGGAUGUCGAAUUGCUGAAGGGACUGGCGUUGAGGAAUCCGGCCAUCUUGAAACUGGAGGAAGGAGAGGAUGAAGCCGCUUCACUUAGCCAGUACUCAGUGAAAUGCUCGGAGGGCAAAUGUAUCAUCUUUGUGAACGACGUCGACCGAAGUUACCGUCUGAAGCUUUUCCUCGAGCAAUUCUCAAUAAAGGGCUGUGUUCUGAAUUCAGAAUUGCCGCUAAAUUCGAGAUAUCACGUUGUGCAAGAAUUCAACAAAGGCGUGUACGACUAUAUCAUCGCUACUGAUGAGAACGGUGCGGGCGAAAACGACGACACGGAUGACGAGGAGGAGGAAGUCGAGGACGGAGAAGAACAGGAAGAGGAGGAAGACACCUCAACUCAGCGCGAGCCUGCCUCAAAGCCAGUCUCCGAAUCCAGCUCUUCCAGGACAGAAUCAAAGAAAAGAAAACGAGAGUCGCCUCCACCCUCAAAUAAAUCUCGGAAACGAAAUCGAAAAGAAGCCAGAGGCAAGGACAAAGAGUAUGGCGUCACUCGAGGAGUGGACUUCGUCGACGUUGCCUGCGUCCUGAAUUUCGAUCUCCCGACUUCUUCGCGUUCAUAUACCCAUCGAGUCGGCAGAACCGCGCGGGCAGGGCGUACCGGCAUGUCACUAUCCUUUGUGGUUCCGCAAGAGCUUUGGGGGAAGAACAAGGUUGUGGGUUGCCUGCCGAGUGCACAGAAAGACGAAGCAGUGUUUAGUAGGAUCGAAAAGGAGCAAGGCGCUAGGGGGAGCAAGAUAAAGGAGUACAACUUCGACAUGAAGCAGGUAGAGGCGUUCAGGUAUCGAAUGGAGGACGCUCUGCGGAGCGUAACGCGUUCGGCUAUCCGAGAAGCUCGGGUCAAGGAGUUGAAGACGGAGAUCUUGAAUUCAGAUAAGCUGAAGGCCCACUUCGAAGACAACCCACUCGACCUUGAGUAUCUCCGUCACGACAAACCUCUUCACCCAACACGAGUACAACCUCACAUGAAGCAUGUUCCAAAAUACCUCCUGCCUCGGAUAGCUCCUGUGACCGGCACCGACGGGGCAGGUGACGGGGACGAAAAGCCCAAAGGGUUCGUGCCAUUUAGGAAAGAAUCCACUCGUGGGAGGGAUCGAGGCCGUGGACGGGGCGGUCGUGGGGGAAGCAGCGGCCGAGGCGGCAAGAAAAAGUCGGACCCUCUGAGGAAGUUUGGUCGGUA